GGAAAGAUACCAUCUGGAUCAGAGAUUCGAUAAAGCAACUCUAUCACAAAAAUCAACGAGUUUAGAGUUAGGUGUGAAAUACUGUAUUUUUCAUUUUUUAGUUUGUGCUGUAGAUGGAAGUGUUUGGAACUAUAACCUGAUCAAUGUCACAUGAGCUGCAGACAAAAACAAUUUAAUGUUGAACAAUUAAAAUUAAAACCGUGCCUUGUUUCUCGAUACAAAGGUUCGCAUUACUUACUGAUAAGCACUUUCAAUGCAAUAAAUGUUUUUGUCAGUAAAACAUAAUAUAACAUUCUAACAUCGGAUUGGGAUGACGUAAAUUCUGAAUUGGAAAAACGUGGUUUUAGGAAUAUUUUCAACUAUGGGAUCUAAGCAGAGACAAACAUGCUGCUGCAUUGUACUAUUGUCCACAGUGUUAUCAGUAAGUUCCAUUGUUGUCAAGAUCGCGACAAUAUUACCCGCUGACAAUAGAAGGAUAUUUUCUAUUGACAGAAUCACACCGGCAAUACAAAUGGCCAUUGACGAACUUAGUAACAACUACACGCUGGUUGAGAAUCUAACGUUUUCUGUUGAAUAUGCUAACUCUCAGUGCUCGAUUGCCGAGGGCAUAAACCAGGCGAUAGACUUUUACAUUAAUCGUAAAGUUGAUGCGUUCUUUGGUCCGGUUUGUGACUAUGCCGUAGCACCAGUUGCUAGGCAAACAAGAUUUUGGAAUAUACCUUUAAUUUCCGGUGGCGCCAUGGCGCGUGAUUUUGCAAUUUACCGGAAGUCACAAUAUCCCAAGUUGACUCGAGUUGGUCCGGUGAAUUUCAACUCAUUGUCCGAUUUCUUUGUUAAGCUGUUUCGACAUUCUGGAUGGAAAUCUCUGAAGAUUUUAUACAAUCGGAAAGGGCACGCGAAUGUUUUCGAGGAUUUUUGUCAUCUGUGUGUGGAAGCUAUCCAUUAUGACAUGAUAGAAAAAGCGCGGGAAAUCAAACAGGAUUACUUUCGUUUAGAUGAAAAAACAGACCUUCGGAAGAUACUAUUCAAUGAAGUUGGACUGACGUUUGGAGGUAGGUGAAAUAUACUUUAU